AAAAAUUUGCUUCUUCUUCGGCGAUGGAUGGGAAAAUCCGGCAGAGCCGGAGGUCGAGGUCGCAGCGGGACCGCGUGCGGCGGCGGGAGGCGGCGGCCCGCGACCCGCGGAACCAGAGCCCUUCCUCGGGCUCCGAGAAGGAGCCGAGCCCCGGCAAGGAGAACGGCGGCCAGAACUGCACCGCCCCGCGGGGCCCGCCGCCCGCCGCCCGCGCCGCCCGGCCCCCGCGCCGCCGCCGCCGCGAGUCCAGCUCCCAGGAAGAGGACCUGAUCGAUGGCUUCGCCAUAGCCAGCUUCAACACCCUGGAAGCCCUGGAGAAGGACAUGUCACUAAAGCCUCAGGAGCGGAAGGAGAAAUGGGAGAGGCAUCCAGGAAAGAAACCUAGAGAAUCUGAAAACUGUGUGUCUGCUGAGCCGAGUGAAAAUGGCCAUAACAAUGAUGCUGGGAGCUCUGAGAGAGAGGCAGAAAGAGGCAAAGAACGGAUGAAGAAGAAACUCCCUUUGAAGCUAUCCAAACAGAUGAAGGUCCCUACAAGCAGAAGUGGCAGAAAUAGCGAGGAAGACAGCAUCAGGGAGGCCACAAGCUCUCAGCGGAGCAGCUCAAGGGACCGUCUCAGUGAUAGUUCUGCUCAAUCGCUUUCAGGAAGAGGCUACUCCUGUGACAGCGAGAGUGAUAUUGACGAUAAGACCGCAACGGAACUGGAGCUGACUCGUAUCAGGAGUGCCUUGAUAACAAGCAAGGCUUCUGUAGGCUCUGAGAAGCUGUUCUCCCCUGCAGGAAAUAAAGGUCCCACCUUGAAUGACAAGCCAGAAGCAAAAGCAGCCAAUGUCCCAAAGGUGUCUGGGCUAGAGCGGAGCCGGGAACUGAGCACCGACGUGCCCUUCGCCCUGCCUAUCCCCAGCCCCCAGCCAGUAGCUGCCGUUGUGACUUCUACUUCCUCAGCGCCCACGUCAAGCGCCAGAGCAAGCCCACUGUUGAAGAAGGAGCCAGUGAUUUCAGCACCAGCACCACCAAGGCUCACGCCUCAGCCGCAGCCUCGGCCACAGUCACAACCUCAACCUCGGCCGCAGUCGCAGCCUCAGUUAAUACCUGAGCUUCGGACCCAGCCUCCGAGUCACAUCCCUCCACCUCUCAAUUACCAAGUGCAUCACCAGGUGGCCCACAACGGACUCAAUAAUAUCAGCCGGAGCAGCAGUGCUAGCAGUGCAACAAGCAUCAGCCUCCCGAAACACCUUCCCCUCUCUCCCCAGAUUCCUCCGCACCAUUCCUCCGGCCCGGCUCUGCCCCUCUCCAUCUCUAAUCUUGCUACCUCGCACUUCUCUCUCAGAUCGCAGACCCAACACCAGCACCAUCCGGCCAUGUUCGCCACCCCACCCACGCUGCCACCUCCACCAGCGUUACCUACCAACAGCCUCGUGAUACCAGGUCACCCUGCGGAUACCAGCCUGUUGAUAUCAUUCAACCAACCAAUCAUGUAUUGCCAGCCUCAUUCGGGGAUUCUGAUUGGUACUUUGUCACAGGCAUCUCUCUUACCUCCACCAAUGAGUCCUCACGUAGAAAACCACCACAGCAUGACCUGCAGAAACAGGGAAUGCCAGGUGAAUAUUGACUCUUUCUCCUCCGUCUUUGUGGUACUCACAGGCCCACGGGCCUCUGUGUCUUUUUUUUUUCUCUCUCUCUCUCCUCUAGAUCACGAACUGCUCAGGCAAGAGCUGAACAACCGGUUUUUGGUUCAGAGUUCGGACCGGGCCGCUGCCUCACUUGGCCCGGUGCCGCUGCUGAGAGCGGAGUUUCACCAGCACCAACACACGCAUCAGCACCAACACACCCACCAGCACACAUUCACUCCUUUUCCAUCCAGCUUGCCCCAGACGCCGCUCAUGCCGCCCUCUGCACCUCCCAUGGUGCGUACCCCAGCCCAAAAUUUUGACAAGUACGCUCCCAAAUUAGACAACCCUUACUUUCGACAUUCCAACUUCUUUCCAACCUAUCCUCCAGCAAUGCCUGGAAUGCCACCCAUGCUUCCACAUUCAGGUCCCUUUGGGUCACUUCAGGGAGCAUUUCAACCGAAGACUUCAAACCCUAUUGAUGUAGCAGGUAGACCAGGCACAGUCCACCAUACGCUGCUGCAGAAGACUCCAGGGGUGUCAGACCCUUAUAGGCCUCCAGUAAGAGUAAGUAAGAAACCCGGGAAGUGGUGUGCGGUUCAUGUACAGAUCGCCUGGCAGAUCUACCAUCACCAGCAAAAGAUAAAGCAAAUGCAGCUGGAUCCCCACAAGCUAGACAUAGGUGGUAAACUUGACCUGUUCAGCAGACCUCCCGCCCCUGGAGUGUUUCCAGGCUUCCAUUAUCCACAGGAUCUUGCCAGGCCUCUGUUUUCUACCACAGGUGCAACACAUCCAGCCACCACCCCUUUUGGUCCUUCACCUCACCACAGCAGUUUCCUGCCUACUAACCACUUGGCAGAUCCAUUUAGCAGGUCAAGCACCUUCAGCGGCCUUGGGAACUUAGGCAGCAAUGCCUUUGGAGGAUUAGGCAGUCAUGCUCUGACUCACAACAACAUUUUUACUCACAAAGAUGGCCCAAACCUGCAGAAUUUCAAUAAUCCCCAUGAGCCAUGGAAUAGACUGCAUCGGACCCCACCGUCCUUCCCAACACCUCCACAGUGGCCCAAGCCCACUGAUUCUGAGCGAAGCUCCUCAGUGACAAACCAUGACAGAGACAGAGAGCGGGAGCGAGAGCCCGAGAAGAGGGAUCUUUCUCUGAGUAAAGAUGACAGAGACAAAGAGAGAGACCUCAUGGAUAAAAACAGACAUUCAAACAGAUCCUCACCGGCAUCGGCUCCAGUGACACAUCAGAUAAGCAAUCUCAUCCGCAGCAACAGCCAAACCUCCAGUGAUCCCAUCAGGCAGGUUAGCCUUGGAGAAAGGGAGAGGUCCAAAGAACCCGAGCGAGAGCACCCUGAGAGGCUGAGAGAGCCACCCAUAGCAGAACACAAGAUUAAAGAGAGCCGCUCCCCCGUGAAGGAAACUCCAAGCCAUGAUAAGAGACCCUCUGAGGACAACACAAAGCCAGUAAUCCAGUCUGUAUCGCCAUACAGCAAACCUGCACUAAGUGAGAGCUUGAAGCUUACCAAUCUAAUGAGCAAGGACAUGGAGAGAAAGACAGAGCUUCCCAGUGACCUCCAGAAGAUUAAGAAUGACAUCAAAGUCAAAGAGGAGAGGAAGGAAGACAGUGAUGUGCUGGUGGUAGGGUCUGAGCCUUCACAGCACUCCCGAUCGGUGGAGCAUCCCCCGCCACCUACUUUGCAUGGAUUAUCAUUGCCUCACUCGAUGGCAGCCUCUAUGCCCAUCUCCAUGGGAAGCGUGCACCAGAUGAACAACAUGAAUGUUCUCGACCGCAGCAGAAUGAUGACCCCGCUCAUAGGCAUGAAUCCUUUGUCAGGAAGAGAGAGGCUGCCACAUCCCGGAUUUUCUUGGGACCCAAUGAGGGACCCGUUGCGAGAUGCCUACCGGAGCUUAGACCUGCACCGUCGAAUGGACUUUCAGCUCCGGACGGAUCCUAUCCAUAGGUUCCCUACCACCUCUGGAUUUUACGACCAUGAGCGUUCUUACAGAGACAGGGAGCCACACGACUACAACCAUGAAAACCUUCUUGAAGCCCGCCGAGAGCAGGAGCGGUUGCGGCAAGUGGAGGAAAGAGAGCGCUUGCACUUACGAGAAGAACUUGAGCGUGCCAGAAUGCACCACUUGCACUCGUCCCCCAUCGAAAGUCACCUGGCACACGUGCCAUCCUUCAUGCCUCAUUUAAGCGGGAUGCAUUACCCCAGACUGAGUCCAUCCACUGCCAUGCACAAUGGGAUUUUAAAUAGGAACCCGCCAACUGCAGCGCUGAGCGCCCCACCGCCUCUUGUACCAGCGAGCAGCACCAGACCUGCCUCCCCACGCAGGACUACUCCACUCACAAACUCAGAGUCCAGGGACUAUUCCCCCUCUAGGAACCCCAAAGAAGUAGAGGCACGAUAGUCCCCAACAUUGAAUUUUAAACUCGCCUGUAUAUAAAACAAACAAACAAACAACAACAAAAAAAAAACAAACAGAGAAAAAAAAAAACAAAAAACAAA